UAUGUUUCCUGUGUGAAUCUUUGGGGCAAUGAAUUCAAUGGGAAUGUCCAUCCACCUCCAUAGAUCUGAAGGGCUCACAGUGGGGAGGGAAUGCUCGUUUCAUAACAAACCCCUGCUCAGAUUUUUUGCCUCCUGCCCGUGGCACAGAAGAAAAAUGGGAGAGCUCAAGGAAAAACUUGGGAGUCUGAAGCACUAAGGGUGAAAGGAAAGGAUCGUGACACAUUUAAUUUAACAAAAUGCGGCUGCAAAUCACCAAGCUUCCUCUUUCUUAUUAUUCAAGUUGGAAAUAGUUGGGCUGAUGUGAAACUAAAGCCUACUGGCACAUUUAAUAAUUGAUCUUCCAAGCAGCAGCCCAAUGGACAGGUCCCAUUCCAGCAUAGGCUUCCCAUGGCUGUGGGGCUGCCUUCACCUCAAGGACGCCAUAUACACAUAAUGGUAUCAUUCUUAAUGUGCUUUUUUUGAGGGGCAGUGCCACUCACAGAAGAGCAGAACCACACGAAUGACCCAAAGCCACCCCUGGGAGACAUGAGGUGCAGUGAGGCCUACACUGGCCUACAGAAGCCCGAGGCCUACACACACCUGAGGCCUACACGUACCUGAAGCCUACAUGCACUCAAGGCCCACGCGCACCCAGGGCCUGCAUACACUUGAGGCCUACACAUAACUGAGGCCUACACACACCUGCGACCUACACAGGCUCAAGGCUUACACACAGCUGAGGCCUACACCCACCCGAGGCCUACACGCCUGAGGCCUACACACACCUGAGGCCUGUGCAGACCUGAGCCUGGUUGCCCGGCAACCAUGGUGGCAACACCAUGGUUCUACCCCGACCCCACCACCCAUUCCUCCUCAUCCUGGUGUUCCCGUUGGUGACAGCUCUGUCCCCAGGGCAGCCCGUUGCCCUCUGCCCGGCCUCCUGCCAUUGUCACCGGUGGUUGCUGGACUGCAGCCGAGCCUCCAUGGUCGCGAUGCCGCGGGCUGCCCGCCGCUGGGCCCUGUCUGUGCUAAAUUUCACCAGCAACUCUAUUUCUUCCAUUGAAAAAGAAGCAUGGAGGGAAUACCCAUGGGCUGAGCACUUAGUUCUCCAGGACAACGAUUUGAGGGCAGUGAAGAAGCAUUCGCUGGAGGGUUUGCUGCUGCUGAAGCAUCUGGAUUUAUCCGGCAAUAAAAUCCUGUUGAUUGAGGAACGUGCUUUUGAGCCACUUCCCUUCUUGCAGCUUCUAAACCUCAGUGGAAAUCUCAUGGCACGGAUCCAGAAGGACACUUUCCAGGCAUGGCAUGGAAUGCAGUUUCUACAGAAAGUGAUCCUGAGCCACAACCCCCUGUCUGUGAUCGAUGACGCAUCGUUCUUUCAGCUGCCAGCUGUCAGCUAUCUUGACCUGGGAGCAACACGUGUGUCACAGCUGACAGUGCUCGAACUCCUCCUGACCACGGCCCAUUUGGAGACCCUCAAACUGCCCCGAGCUGCCGCCUGCUGCCUCUGCCAGGAGGGCCGUGCUGCGAAGGCGCUGUGCAGGAGCAUCCACUUCCAUGGCAAGGAGCUGUGUGCCGGCACCCCGCAGUGCGCUCACGUGGAACCCCCAGCAGAGAUGCAAGCAGAACUGAGGAGAGCAGCACAACGCGGCACGGUGCUACGCCUCAACCCCAGCAAUUCUUCACUUGGAGACAAAGAAACCGUAACACUUAAUGCUCUCCUGAGCCCUCACAGUGCCCAUGGGGUCCUCAGGAUCUCCAAUAAUCACAUCUGCAGAAUGAGCUCCCAUUCCCCUCAGCACCCACGCAGCCAGGAGCUGCAGCGCGCUCUGCGUAAGGGCCGGGAGAGUGGGAAUGUGGGGAGAAAACUCCAUUUCCCAGCAACGGAGCUGAAAGAGGAGCAGCAAAGCACCGCCUCACAGCUGCCAAGACCUGCAGCACAAAAGGUCCUGGAAGCAAAGGAAGGAGCCCAAGUCCCCAGGGAGCCCAGCAGCGCAGGCAGCUCGGAGGAUGAGGACGCAGCAAUGGAAGGAGACCUCUUUGAAAGAGCAGUGGAGCACCGCCUGCGCUCGCUGGUCCCCAACGGAGCCCUGCGGGGUUUCAUCGCCCGCGUGGCACGAGCUGUGAGGAAGGACUGCCAGCUGCCCCACCUGCAGCCCUCCUGCACGAAGCUGCUGGCACAGACAGGGCAGCUGGUGGGGCUGCUGGGCAGGCAGAGACCCACAGUGCAGUGCCCACUGCAAUGGGAGAACAGCUCCAUUGGCACAGAGAGCAGGAACCGGACUGGGGAGGUAGGGCAGAGCCAAGGGGGUCCUGUGGGGCCACGGGGCACCCAUGGAUGUUCUAUAAAAUGCGUUUUUUUCUCUUGGUUUUUUUGUUGUUUGUGUUUUUUGUGUUGGUUUUGUUUGUUUGUUUGUUUGUUUUUUCCAAAGCAUUCCCUGUUUUCAGUGUUUUCAAAAUUUGGGUUGCUCUACUCGGUGCGAGCACACAGCAAUGCUGCUGUGGCAGGGCCUGGCUGCUAUGCCAUCAUCAAGUUCUACUCAGCUGCAGAUGCCAGCAGAGCCCAGCAUGCGUGCAACGGGCAAAGGCUAUUUCAGAACUCUCCAAUGAAGGUUUGUGUUUGCACCAAGCAGAAGGGAUUUCAGCAGCAAGUCCUUGCUCUCAACAGCAACAAGUGCCAGGAAUUGGCCAACCACUACCUUGGCUUUAAUGGCUGGUCCAGCCGUAUCAUCACACUGCAGAACGUGUCUGGCUUUGAUGAUGAGAAUGAGGAACUGGGAAAGAAGCAAUCCGUGAGAUACCUGUGUGCUGUGGAAGUCACGCUGCCCAACCACGGGGUACACAGCCGGGGAGUUGGGCUCGGUGAGGCAGACAUUGCAAAUGGUGAAGAUCCUCUGGAGUUUGUCACAGCCACAAGAAGAGUUCAGAAGCUCGCAGUCAGCAAAGCUUUGUCCAGUGCCUUUCAGAAGAUACUCCUUGUGGUUUUAGAGAGUGGUAAAGUGGCUGUGGAGUACAACCACGCUGCAGAGGAUCCCACAGACUUCUUAACAGAGGAGGAACUGGAAGGGCUUGUUCAGGUCAAUGAAUUGCCUUUGGAACCGUUUGACUUCGAAGAAGAAGUUUUGUCUGACCUGACUGUGGAUGAUGAGCUCCCUGUGUGGGAGAUGCCAUCUAAUUAGUGCAGAUCUGUCGUCAGAUCACUUCCAAAAGUUUGUUUAGGGAUGAAAGUCUAAAGCAGUGACAACUACCUCAUAUCUGAAGUUUUAUUUUUCUCCCAGUACAGAAGAACAGUGAAAGAAAUGGGCAACAGACCUACAGUUACUAAAAUUAAGCCAAAAAAAUGUA